AUGGCGGGGGAACGAUGGAUCUUCACGAAGUCUCAAUUAUUGGAAACCCCCAGCCGAAAAUGUGGAGUAGACAUCGACAAAGAAUUAUCAUAUAGACAGCAAGCAGCAAACUUGAUUCAAGAAAUGGGACAGCGGCUCCAAACAAAUCAAUUAUGUAUCAACACAGCUAUAGUUUAUAUGCACCGUUUCUACAUGUUCCACAGUUUUACCAAAUUUAACAGAAAUGUGAUGAGCCCAGCUUGUUUAUUUUUAGCUGCCAAGGUUGAAGAACAACCUCGUAAAUUAGAACAUGUGAUAAAAACAGCUCAUAGUUGUUUAAGAGAGGGUUCUCUUGAUACCAAAAGUGAGACUUACCUCGAAUAUGCUCAGGAACUUAUUAUAAAUGAAAACAUUCUUCUUCAAACUCUAGGGUUUGAAGUACGAGUUGACCACCCUCACACAACAGUUGUUACUACAUGUCAGUUAGUUAGAGCUAGUAAGGAUUUGGCCCAGACGUCCUAUUUCCUGGCAACCAACAGCUUACAUUUAACAACAAUGUGCCUGCAACAGAAACCCAAUGUUGUAGCUUGUGUGUGUAUUCAUCUGGCUUGUAAAUGGUCAGGAUAUGAGAUUCCCUCAUCCCAUGAAGGAAAGUUAUGGUUUAAUUAUGUAGAUAAACAUAUUACUAUUGACUUGUUAGAAGAGCUGACUCAAGAUUUUCUGAAUAUACUAGAUAAAUGUCCAAGUCGACUGAAAAAGAAGAUAAUGACAUGGCGUGUAAGUUAUAUAUUUAUAUAG